AUGAAUGGAGAGAAGAGAAUAAUUGCCUCGUGGGUUAGAUUCUUGAUCUUCAUUCUAGUUGUUUUUGUGGGUCAUUUCCCAUACAAUGUUUGUUGUCAAAAAACUCCUGCUUCUCGUAAGCCAAAACCUCGAUUAUCGCCUUUGCUUUCGAACCUUUUUCUUGGAAGGUUUAACAAAACAAUCGAAAAGUUCCAGCCAGAUAUCGAAAGGGAGAUAGGAUUUUGCACGGAAGACGUGAAAAAAGAUUUUAAUGGAGCAUUUGAUUUUCAAGGCAGAGAUCAAUUCUUCCAGAAGUGCCAAAACAAGUUAAAAGACCUCCCAGUUCGGUUGUGUACUGUGUCAGAACUUAAAGUAUACUUUACUAGUUUCUUGAAAAAUGCUGGGGACAAGAAAAGUGUUUCUCAAUCCCAUUUCUUAGAACCAACACGAAACUGCAAUCUUACAUCUUGGUCAGCUGGAUGUGAGGCAGGUUGGGCAAGUGCAGUCAAUCCGGGCCAAAAAUAUGAUUAUAAUGAGACUGAUCCAAAAAAGAUGCCUUUUCGGACCACUAACAGCCAACCAUGUUGCGAGGGGUUUUUCUGUCCGGAAGGCCUCACUUGCAUGAUUCCAUGCCCUUUGGGGGCAUACUGCCCUGUUGCAAAGCUCAAUCCAACAAGUGGGAUUUGUUGGCCAUACCAUUACCAAUUACCUUCAGGCAAGAUGAAUCAUAGUUGUGGUACAGCCGAUAUGUGGGUUCCUGUACAUUUGGGUAAAGAGAUAUUCUGUGAUCCGGGAUAUUAUUGUCCAACUACCAUCAAGAAAAUCCAAUGCCCUGAAGGAUUCUAUUGCAGAAUGGGGUCUAGAGUUAAAUACCGAUGUUUUGCUGGCACCACAUGCGAGAAGGGAACAGAUAUUCCAAGCAUGCAGGUUUUUGGAAUCUUGCUUAUUGCUUUGUUGACGGCUAUACUGAUCGUCGUAUAUAAUUGCUCAGAUCAAGUGAUCUCUACUCGUUAUGAAAAACAAGCAAAGUCCAGGGAAGCAGCAGCUAAGUAUGCUCGAGAAACAGCACAAGCAAGGCAAAAAUCAAGGGCUUCAAAAGAUGCAUGGAAACCAUCGGGAUUACAAGGGUUGCAAGACACACUGUCACGGACAUUUUCCAGAACAAAAACCAAAAGCUCAACCCAAAAUAUAGGUUUCUCAGGUGCACAGGGAAACAAAAGAGAAGCUCAUUCGAUUGAUGAUAAUUUGGAGAGUGCUAAAGGUUCCAAUUUGGAAAACGGUGAUAAAAAUGCAAAGCAUGCACGUAAAGCUUCAAAAGAGUUGCAUACUAGAAGUCAAAUAUUUAAAUAUGCAUAUGGUCAAAUUGAGAGAGAGAAGGCAAUGGAGGAGAUGAACAUGAACAUGAACAUGGACAUGUAUGGUGAUGUUGAUGUUUUGAGGAGAAGGCCUAAGAUUGAGGUUGCUUUUAAGGAGUUAACGCUAACUUUAAAAGGAAAAAGUAGGAAUAUUAUGAGGUGCGUUAGUGGAAAAAUUUUACCUGGUAGGAUAUCAGCUGUAAUGGGACCUUCUGGGGCCGGCAAAACGACCUUUUUAUCUGCUCUGACUGGAAAGAUAAGCGGAUGUACUAUGUCCGGGGAUAUUCUAAUUAAUGGGAAGACUGAAUCUAUUCACUCUUACAAAAAGAUAAUUGGGUUUGUACCACAGGAUGAUAUCGUUCAUGGAGAUUUGACUGUAGAAGAGAAUUUACGGUUUAGUGCACGAUGCAGACUGUCUGCCGAUUUGCCAAAAGCAGAUAAAGUUCUCAUAACCGAAAGAGUUAUCGAAUCGUUGGGGCUUCAGGGAGUAAGAGAUUCUAAAGUCGGGACAGUUGAAAAACGGGGAAUUUCUGGUGGCCAAAGAAAACGGGUCAAUGUUGGGCUCGAGAUGGUUAUGGAACCGUCACUUUUGAUCUUAGAUGAGCCCACAUCCGGUUUGGAUAGUGCAUCUUCUAGUUUACUUCUUAGAGCUCUUCGGCGGGAAGCUCUUGAAGGUGUUAACAUCAGCAUGGUUGUACACCAACCAAGCUACUCGUUGUAUAAGAUGUUUGACGAUUUGAUACUUCUAGCAAAAGGUGGUUUAACUGUAUACCAUGGGCCAGUAGAAAAGGUCGAAGAGUACUUUGCGGGUCUAGGAAUCACAAUACCUGACCGUGUAAAUACCCCUGAUCACUUGAUUGAUAUUCUUGAGGGUAUGACAAAACCUGGAGGAAAUGUGACAGCUCAGCAGCUACCGGUAAAGUGGAUGCUUCAUAAUGGGUACAGAGUACCACCAGAUAUGUUGCAUUUAUGUGAUCAAAAUGGAUCAUCACCAACAUCAUUAUCGUCAUCAUCAUCAACAACAUCAUCAUCAUCAUCUACAUGUAAUAAGUAUGUUGAGGGCAGCCAAAGGGAGGUUGAAAAGUAUAAUUACUUCACAACCCCUGAUCUGUCGGGCCGAGUAACUCCUGGAGUUUUUAGACAGUACAGAUAUUACAUUGGAAGGGUUGCUAAGCAGAGAUUGCGAGAUGCUAGAGCACAAGCUGCAGACUAUUUAAUUCUAUUGCUUGCUGGAGCAUGCUUAGGAACUAUGGCUGAAGUGAGUGACGUGUCAUUCGGAUAUACUGGUUAUCAAUAUACAGUCAUUGCUGUCUCUCUGCUAUGCAUGAUUGGAGCUUUGAGAACUUUUGCUAUGGAUAAAUUACAGUACAGAAGGGAGAAUGCUAGUGGCAUGAACAGUUUAUCUUAUUUUCUGGCCAAAGAUACGAUGGACCUUCUAAAUGUAGUCACGAAGCCGUUAGUUUAUCUCUGCAUGUUCUACUUUUUCAGCUAUCCAAGAUCAAGCUUCGAGUCAAAUUAUUUGAUUUUGUUGUGCCUGGUUUACUGUGUAACGGGAAUAUCUUAUACACUUGCCAUCUCCCUCGAGUUUAGCCAAGCCCAAUUGUGGUCUGUGCUUCUUCCUGUUGUCUUGACACUCAUUGCAAAUCAAGACAAAAGUUCUGCCAUUUCAUUAGUAUCAAAGUUUGUCUUUCCCAGAUGGGCUAUGGAAGCCUUUGUUAUUGCAAAUGCCAAAGAGUACUCGGGAGUUUGGUUGAUGACACGAUGUGCUGCAUUGAAGAAGUUUAAUUUCGAUAUUCAUAACUCAAAGAAUUGUCUGUGCUAUCUUAUGGCAACAGGAGUAGGCUGUCGGAUUUUAGCUUUCAUAUGUUUGAUCUCUAGGUCUAAGUAGCUUAAAUUUUAACUCCAUCGGGUUAACAUUUAGCGUGAAUCAGUGGGUCCUUGGUGCCUCAAGAAGCAGGAGAUCUCAUGUUAGAUUAUCAACACUUUGAGGGCCACACCUACUCGCCGGAAGCCCUAAGUUUUGUCUAGGCCUUGUAGAAGGGGCUUACACGGAUCCUUUGUACUAAAUGGGUUAGAUACCUGAGUGAAAAGUCGCCUUUACU